CCCUUUUUUAAUGUAGGCUAUUGCAGGCCGGCGCCGUAAUUUUGGAAUCUGCCCUUGUGUAUGGUGGAUGAAAAAAAAAAUUCCUCACCAGGAACAGUGUCACACAACCUCCCCCCGGGUGCGAGAGCUGCGAGCGGACAGCCCGCACGGUCCCGACUGUCGUCUUUUUCACGACUCGUUACAUUAUUUUGCUCCAAAAAAUGUAACGUAGCGCGCAGAAGUGGCGAGGGGGGGCAAACACAAGACUGGAGGGAAAUUUCUAACAUUUUUGAAUUUCCUCAUAACUAAUUCACAUUUUUUUCCUCUCGCCCGGAGGAGGAAGCCGUUGUUGCAGUCACCCCUGGCCGGGGAAAGGAGGCUUUUUCGUCGGGGGUGUUUUUGCAUGAGCAACGCUGCUUUUGCAGUUCAGGGUCGGAGAAGGUGGAGUCAUGAGUGCUCAAGAGUUACCCAAAGUUGGAGAAGGUGGAGUCAUGAGUGCUCAAGAGUUACCCAAAGUUGGAGAAGGUGGAGUCAUGAGUGCUCAAGAGUCACCCAAAAUUGGAGAAGGCGGAGUCGUGAGUGCCCAAGAGCCACCCAAUCCCAGCAAUGAGCUGGGGAGCGGUGGGACCAACGGUCCCCCGUCCACUUCUGUUGUGGUCAGCCAAGAUGUCAGCUUACCUCCAGUCACAAUCAAAAAGGAACCGGGGAUCACGGAGACGAGCAACGGUACCUUCGGGGACACCAACCCAGCCGAGAUCUGCGUCGUCAUCGGAGGGAACGACGGCAAAGCAAGCGGAGGCGCAUCUCGCAGAGUCCAGGCGGAGGGUAUGUUCGCUCUUGGUACUCCUCCACCAACCAAGAGCACAGACUCAUGCAUAGGUUCCUAUGUAUGUGGAGUUUGUGGGAAGAAGUACAAGUAUUACAACUGCUUUCAGACGCAUGUCAGGGCACACAGAGAAUCUGAGGGCAUGGUUGCAGAGCUACAACCACCUCCCAACAUUAAAUACUUGAUAAUUACUCCAAGAGUCCAAGAAUUCUCCCUUACCAAAGAUUCUACAUUCUACCCAAGACCCACAAGUGGCUUCCGUUACUCCUGUGACAUCUGUGGCAAGAAGUAUAAAUACUACAGCUGCUUCCAGGAACACCGCGACCUGCAUGCAGUGGAUGGUAACGGAGCAAAUUUCAAUCCAUACGAGCAGGUCAUGAUACCCAUCGAUGGCCUUAAAGAAGAGGAGCCUGUUGAAUCUUAUCCUAAAAUUGGACCAAAAACGGGCAGCUUUGUUUGUGAGUUCUGUGGGAAGCAGUACAAAUAUUUCAACCCAUACCAGGAGCACGUCGCACUUCACACACCCAUGAGCUCCUUUGAUUUGACGGCGUCUCGGGUGCAGGAGUGUGGGAGCUUGGAUAUGAGUAAAUUUGGACACAGCCAAACUGAUAAGAUAAAGAGCAGUCAGUUCAGACGGAAACUGGAAAAUGCAUUGCAGUCUAGUCUGGUUGACACAAACAGCUCUCGGAAUUCAAGCGGCACCCCAAGCCCUCUGGUGGCCACUUCCUUCCCUACACCUCAGAAACCCUACACUUGUGGUGCCUGUGGCAUCCAGUUCCAGUUCUACAACAACCUGCUGGAGCACAUGCAGUCCCACGCUGCUGACAACGAGAACCAUACCAAAGGGGACCCUCCAAAAACCUCCUCAGCCUCGGGUCCUCAGGAGCCACUGUGGAGAGUGUCUCCUGCUCAGCCCCCCCAUCCUCCAGUGAAACUACAGAUACAACCUCAAAGUCUCGUCCAGCGGAACCACAAUGUCAACCAUAAUAAUGGGCUGCCUGAUAAGGAGCGGCUACAGGUGGCUGAACGUCUCUUACGGGUAAUGUGUUCUGAUCUGAACAUGCUCAACGUGCUCAACAGCAAGGACUUCCUCAAGCUGGCACAGACGCUGGUUGACACGGGGGCACGUCACGGCGCCUACUCAACCCGUGACGCCCUCGGCAACAUGAGUGCCUUGGCGCUGCGUCAGCUGCCCCGCAUGUACAACCAGGUCAAGGUCAAGGUGACAUGCGCUCUCGGCUCCAAUGCUUCGCUUGGCAUCGCAGUUACCUGCCACUCCCAGACAACGGGCCCGGACGCUUGCUACGUUCUGACGGCGUACCAAGUGGAGGGUUCAAGACUGAAACGUUACGUACUUGGAGUGCGGGAGGCGGAACUAAGGGAGGGACCGGAGCAGAUUCACCACUGGGUCCAGAAUGUGUUGUCUGAGUUUGUGAUGUCAGACAUUCGCACUGUGUACGUGGCAGAGCCCCGGGUGUCGGCUGCCGGAUUCGGGGCGUCUUCACUCGGUGGCAGGGGCAGGAUAUGCUUGCGCUGCGCAGGAUGUUCGCUCGGGGCAGUGGUCCAGGCAGUCCUGGGGAAACGUAGCCUGCAGGCUCGAGGCCUUCACGACCUGGCCGAACUCCUCGCCACGUGCAAAGACAUCUCCGCCUCCACCACACUGACGCUGAAGGAGGAGCAGUACACCAACACUUACCUAAGCAUGAAUGAAGAGGGAGCGCAGGGCAGCGCUGCCCAGUGCCCCACCCCUCCCUGUUGGGACCGUACGGCCGAAGCACUCCUGCAGGUCCACGCCCACUUUGAGCACAUCUGUGAGACGUACGGACGCAGUAAGUCCACAGCACCGCUGCUCCAGGGCCUCAACAAGCAUUUGCUCGGUACGCUGACUUGUCUGCUGGCCCCUCUGCGCCUGGCGGCACUUGAACUGAGCAGCCAGAGGAGGCCCACCCUGCAGCAGGUGCUACCCGUAUACUUGCGUCUUGAGAAGUUCUUCACUUCCAAAGCUGGAGAAGCAGGAACUGGCAUGGCCAGCAAACUCUGCCACUACUUCCUAGAAGCACUCAAGGAGAAUUUUAAGGUUGAGCGAGCUCACCAAGUGGCCAUGGUGUUGGACCCUCAGCUCAAGCUGCGUUCAGUUCCUGCUUACCAGCACGAGGACAUAAUCUCCCGAGCGUGCGAACUUGCGGCCGAACCUAGGGACGGCGGCAUGACCGCUGCCGGGGCGUCCUGCGGCGAGGAGCGGGACAAUGAAGGCCCGCCCAUGCCCAAAAUAACCCGAGUCGAGGGAGCCGGAAACAAUGGCGGCCUUUCGAGGGUGACGUUGUCCACCAACGACGAGAGUCAAAGUCACGUCAGGCAAGAGAUCUUCCAGUACUUGGCGGAGCCUCUUCUCCAAGGCACCACCGAUCUCUUCCAAUACUGGAGCUCCACAAUGGGCGACAGGUUUCCCAGGCUUGCCCGCCUGGCACUGUGGCUCCUGGCCGUGCCGGCGGUAGGCAUUCGCAGCGAAUGCGUCACGGUGUGCGAGCAGAGCCUGGCCAUGAAGAGGAGGCAGCAGGUAACCGCUGAAGAAAUGAACAAACUCAUUUUCCUUCGCUCCAACAUGGGCUAACCGACCAAACCUUCACCUUCCACCACAGACUUAUUUAUAUAAUAUAGGUUUAGACCGACUGUAAAACGAAACUUGUGUGGAAAGACUGAAAGUAAUUUUAGAUCGCAAGCACUUGGAACAUUAAGGCUUGUCACAUACUGUAUGACACACUGACAUGGAGGUGUUUAGUGCUUUAGGGAUGAAACAGUAGCUGUGUCAGGUGAGCUUCUUUCUUCUGGCCUGAAGACUCAACUGCUUUAAAGGCUACAUGCUGUUAGACUUACAUGAUGGCAGGUAAGGUCAGUAUGAGUGAGGUCGGUGACACAAAUGCGACACACAAGCGGUUCAGAAAUGUCACUGCCUUUUGCACCUUUUGAGUCUACCAAAUUUGUGGCAAUGCCACAGAGAUUGAAAUUAUUUCAGCAACCUACCCCCUCAAAGCUGCUAAACUCACCUUUGUACUAAGUUUUAUGAUUCUUUACUUUGGUUGGAAUUGCACGGCAGGUCUACAUCAGUGGCUAGUUCUAAUUGAACACGUACAGGAUUUUUGAUUUGAAGGUAUCCAGUUGCAUGCCGUUUUUUUUUUCCUCUUUCUAUUUCCACUUCCAUGACACACCUACAUCGAUAACAGAAAAUCAGAAUUGUAUCCUGCUGUGUAAAUCCAGUUUCCUGCUGCUACCUGUGCUAGCCGCACUGCUUGGAUUGUAGGCACACGAGACAACUCUGAUCAGACAGUUGGGGUUUUCCAUGAUUAUGUUGUUAACAGUCAUACUUAGAGUACAGCCAAAUUUGUAUUUAAUAUAUUUAAAUCACUAGGCAGUUUUAGCUUGCUCACUGUAGAGAAAUAUGCUGACCUGCUGUUGAUUUUUUUUAAAAAUAUGGUGUUUUUAUUUACAGGCAAAUGACUAAUGUGAAUAGCCACAGUUCUGGUAAUUACAUAAGUCCGAGGCGCUUUUCUUUAUUUGAUCAAUAUAGGUUAGUCUUCCUUCAGCGGGGCUUGUGUUAAUUUCUUAAGGCAAUAAACAAAAGUGUAUGGUUAUGGAAGGGCAAACAACAAAAUCCACAAAACAAACACGCUGCUCCCACCGUCAAUCACUUUCUUGUUUUGUGGAAAUCGAAACAGAAAUGUCCCUCAAAGGAAUAAUUAAGCCUGCCAUCUCCCCUCAUUAAUAAUGUCAAGUACCUUUUUUUUUUGGGUGGGGGGCAGGCAAAUACCUCCUUAAAUUGCCUUGGAUGAAUGGGAGCUGCAUUGUCUGGGGCUUCAUAUCACUUCCCUUUUUGCAAAAAAAAAAUGCCUUUACGUUGCUAAUUUAUCGCCUUGUCAGCGACAUCCCAUUUAUUUGUAUUUAUUGUUGUAGCUCUGGAAAGCAAGUUUGACUGACUGUUGAAAACAGUGACCUCUAGUGGUUAAUGCACUAUGGCCAAAUUAACAAGUGCUUUUGCCUCCCCAAUAAUAUGAAAAGUCCAUAAUUGUCUUCAAAUACUAUCCUUAUAUAUUCUCCGGUAUUCUAUUCAAACAGUGAAUAAUUCGUAUUUAAGCUUCACAAAAUGCUAUAGACAUCACACAUUUUUAAUAUUUAUGAUUUUUAGAAAACAUUUUUAGAACAAAUUACACUGAUAUUACCAUUCACUAUUUCUUUUUUUUUCUUCUAAAAUUAUGUCUGUAUUUGCGAGGCACCGAGCACCCUGAUUUAGUACAAUAGAGUACAUCUUUAUUUAUAUAGCGCGUCCACAUUUGAAGACCUUCCUUGAAAAACAUUUAAUGAGCUAUCAAUUAAUAUUGUUAUUUUUAUGGCUAAAAAUGUUCAGUAUCUUUAUACCAUAUGCAUUUCUUUAUUCAAUGAAGAAUCGUUUUCAUACGUUUUUAGUAUUGGGCAUUAUUCUCAGAAUCCUAAACAGGUUCCAGGCAACUUUUUAACAUCUGUGAAUAUGCGUUUGUCAACAUACCCCAGAGCUAAAGAAUUGCAGAGCACUCCCUUGAAUUAGCUAAUUUUUAGAAGUAAGCCCUGUGUCAUGAAAGUGAGCCAGCUAUCAUCCUCAGCAUCAGACUGCUAGCACACUGAAAGAUUUUCAGCAAAAGGCAAAUAAGUUAGGCCCAGUACAAAAGCAAUCGGACUCUUUUUGUGCGUUCCCAUUUAAAAAAAGUUAAAUGCCCAACUAUCUUGUCCUUCCGGCUUAGGUGUAUUAAGAGUUGAUUUGUCCCAAUAGUAAGGUCUAAAAGUGGGUGGUGUCGACAAUCUUGAAAACUAAACGUGUUCAAACUUUAAGACCAUAAAUCUUGAAGUCUGUGGGGAAAGCCGACCGCUCUUGUGCUAUUUGACUCUGAGAACUGUGACGUGAACAAAAUGUAGCCAAACAAAGAAGCGCCAGUAAAUUGGAAAAAUAAAAAAAAGUCCUGUAGAUACUGUUUUAUUCUGGUACUGUAUACCUCAGUUCCCCUGAUGACAAUUUUUUAUUUUAUUUUUUUUUUUUUUUUUUACCGACAUCACCACCUUACAAGGCUCUGAGCUUUGGUCUUCUCCAGAAACAUUCGGGUAACAUAAACACGUAUUUCGAAAGCGUCCGGUUUUUGUAUUAUUUUGUAUAUUAACACUGGCCAACAGCAUAUUUUUUAAUCAGGGAUGGAUUUGUGUCGCUAAAUUGUGAUGGUAAUUUUAACAAUGCCUUUACUUUUUUCUUCAAGCACAUCACGUUUUUGAGAUAUUUUCCUUGACCUAUAAAAGCUUGCGCAAUACGAGUGUUACCAUACGUUGUAAUUUAUAGGUAUGACGUUUAAAAAAAUUGCCUUUUGCUCAUCCUAACCUUUAAUUUAUACAUAUAUAACAUCUUGUAUGAUUAUUAUUCUGAAAACCUGAUGUGCCAGAGAAAAAUAAUGGGGGCAAUUUUGGAAUCAGCGCAAAAAAAUGGAAACGUUGCAUCGCUGAUUAAAAAGAAAUACUUAAAAUUGUAAAAAUGUGUUGACCAUUAUCACAGCAAAUCACACAUAUUAUGAGACGUUGCAUUGCUGAUUUAAAAAAAUUGUUAAAAAUUGUAAAAAUGUGAUAACCAUUAUCACAGCAAACCAGGCAUAAUAUGAUCAAAACUAAAAAAAAAAACCUGCCUGUUACAUCUUUGAAGAUUUGAAAAUGCUUGUGAGUCACGUAUACUUACAAGCAAUUAAAAAAAAAAGAGGUACAUUUUCACAUGCCACAUUUACGUCAAUGAUUUUUGUAAAACAAAAUAGCAAAGCUAAUCUUAGUGGUCUUCUGUAGACUUUCACCAGCACCCAUGCUGGUUGUGGUCAAAUCAUGCACUCCAUUUCACUUCCGUCAAUGCCAUACGACAUAUUAACUAUACUAUAGGGUUAUCACUUAAUCCUUUUUUAAAUAUAUUUGAAAUGAGUACAGGAAAAAUGUACUUUAUUCGAAAUACACCAAUUCAAUGGUUUACCUCAAUAUUUAACAGGUAGUGUUGCUGCUCAUUGUAAAAAAAACACAAAAAAAACAUUAAAAAUGGUUUAAAGUUAGAGCUUUUUCUUUGUGCCGGGAAUAGAUGAAGGGAUUUGUAGUAGCGUUUUUUUUUUGUAAACCAUGUACUUUAAAUAGGAUAUGCUCUGGGACAAAAUGCCAUUAGUUGACGUCACAAUGCUCGCGUCAACAUAAUCGAACCCUAGAACUAGCGUGUAUUUUUUUGUGUUUUUGCUGAAAUGAGAAUUCUAUCAUAAAAUAAUUAUGCAUGCUUUUUAAUAAGGUUAUAAGAUAGUACACUUUGAAGCCAGUUUUUCUUUUUUUAUGUCAGACUGUAUUUAGCCUCUUGGGGUGUGGAGGGAGGCGGCCAAGGUACUGCUGAUCAUGGGGCGGUGCAAAUGCGUGGUCGACAUCAUCCGUUUUCCCAGGACGUAUUAUGUAAAUACGAAAUAACUGCUGUUUUUAUGCCAUGAGGGGGGCACCAUCAAUUCCGAGACACAGUAGGGAGCACCGAUAACAUUAUACCUCUUUUUUCUACAGUAGCAUUUUAAGGAGAAACAACAAAAAUAAGUCUUUUGAUACGAUCAAAGAACUCAACUUAGAUACUGUUAGGCCAGCCACUCUUAAGUUUGAUUUUAACUUAUUCAGACGUCAGUUGUAAAAAUAUGCUAACACUGAGAUGUGUUCUCCUUUACCUUCUAGUCUGCGAUAUCAGAUCAGGUCAACAAUCGUGUGUUGCUUUUAAUUCUAUUUUACAGGCGUUUUUAUUCAUUUUCUACUGUUAUACAAUACGUUUGAUCCUUUUUUUCUUCCUGUGUAGAUUCCCACCUGAGUUGUCUUAUUAGUAAGCCUAAUUUAUACUUUUGUAGCAACACUAUUUUUAUAUAAUGACAAAACAAGGGU